CUAAAACCAUAUAAAACCUAGCGCCACCCUAAUUCACCCAGCUGCUCAAAUACAAAAUCCAAAACUAGCUAACCUAUUCUCAGCCGAAGCAGCAGCAGCCGCCACCAUGGUGAAGUACUCCCAAGAGCCUGAUAAUCCCACCAAAUCCUGUAAAGCCCGGGGUGCUGAUCUCAGAGUUCAUUUCAAGAACACAAGGGAAACAGCCCAUGCUAUCAGGAAGCUUCCGCUGAAUAAGGCCAAAAGGUACUUGGAGGAUGUCUUGGCCCACAAGCAGGCCAUACCAUUCACACGCUUCUGUCGAGGUGUUGGCCGAACUGCUCAGGCCAAGAAUAGGCACUCAAAUGGUCAAGGACGUUGGCCAGUCAAGUCUGCUGGAUUUAUUCUGGAUUUGCUUAAGAACGCAGAGAGCAAUGCUGAGGUGAAAGGAUUGGAUGUAGAUUCACUCUAUGUUUCUCAUAUUCAGGUUAAUCAGGCACAAAAGCAAAGACGCCGUACAUAUCGUGCUCAUGGAAGGAUUAACCCUUACAUGUCUUCUCCCUGCCAUAUCGAGCUAAUAUUGUCUGAAAAGGAAGAGUCCGUGAAAAAGGAGGCUGAAACACAGUUGGCAGCAAGCAAAUCUAGGAAGGCAUAGAAAUAGUUUGCCUUGGUCAUUCGAGUUUUAAGCAGUUAUUUUAUAAGAUCUCGAAGUGUUUUAUCCCUUUUUGUAAUUCUUUUUCAGCACAAGUAUCAGUUUGGCCCUUUGGUAUGAUUAACAUAUCAAACAACAAUCUAGUUGGGAAAAGGUCUGCUCUUCUAUUUAGUUAUAUAUUUGAUGACUUGCAUCUUGCAACAAUGAGCUUGGAUCUAGCUGUUCUAGUAUAGUAAUAUUAUUAACACAGUAUCCUCA